CACGGCUCAACGGCCCUAACUUUGGCAGCAGAGAAAGGCGACACGAGCACCGUGGCGCUGCUGUUGGAAAAGGGUGCAUCAGUGGACCAGGCUACCAAGGAUGGCUGCACAGCCCUCAUUUUUGCAGCAUACAAUGGGCACACGAGCACCGUGGCACUGUUGUUGGAAAAGGGCGCAUCAGUGGACCAAGCCGACAAG